GUAGGUUUAGGAUGAAAGAAAUAGGGGGUGGAUUUGAUCUGUUGUUACUACACAUGAAUGUGAAUUUACAAGUCAGCUCUGGCUGCUAGGUUCAUUUCUUCUACUGUGACAGCUGAAUGCAGGCUGAGGGCUGAGGUGCUGCGGCUGGGCGAGGUGACUGAUCAGUUCCAAGGUUCAUUUGUUCUGGAAUCCUGUUGCAAAACUCAUCCGUCCAUCCUUACAAGCUUCUUAACCAUGGAUUGCCAAGAAAAUGAGUACUGGGACCAAUGGGGAUGCUGUGUCACCUGCCAACAGUGUGCUCCUGGACAGGAGCUCUCCAAGGAUUGUGGUUAUGGAGAAGGUGGAGAUGCAUACUGUGUAGACUGCCCUCCUCAAAAGUUCAAAAGCAGCUCGGGCCAUCACAGAUGCCAGACUUGUAUCAACUGUGCUGUCAUCAAUCGGGUCCAGAAGACCAACUGCACACCCACCUCUAAUGCUAUCUGUGGAGACUGUCUGCCAAGGUUCUAUCGAAAGACACGCAUUGGAGGCCUGCAGGACCAAGAGUGCAUCCCAUGCACGAAGCAGACCCCCACUUCUGAGGUUCAGUGUGCCUUCCAGUUGAGUUUAGUGAAGGCAGAUGCACCUACAGUGCCUCCUCAGGAGGCCACACUUGUUGCAUUGGUGAGCAGUCUGCUAGUGGUGUUUACCCUGGCAUUCCUGGGGCUCUUCUACCUCUACUGCAAGCAGUUCUUCAACAGGCAUUGCCAGCGUGAAUGUUCAUUGCACUUUGAGGCUGACAAAAUAGUGGAAGAGGAAUCUCACUUUCCCAUGCCACCUGGCCAGGAGACCAACCCUGAGUCCCCAAUGAAUGGAAGCAUCUUUGGAACCCAACCAUUUAAGCCCAUCUUGGAUGAUGACUCGAGCUCUACUCAUGGCUUCCCUACACAAGAGUCCUAUACCAUGUCUUCCUGUGCUUCUGCGAGCCACUCUCACUGGGUCCACAUCCCCAUUGAAUGCACAGAGCUGGACCUACAGAAGUUUUCUGGUUCUGCCUCCUAUACUGGAACUGAUACCUUAGGGGGAAAUUCUACUGAAAGCUAUGGAGACCAGGUGGGGCUGAAUGUGCCCCUUGAAGUUCCCAGCCCUUAACUACUGAGGUCUGUUGUGAUCCUGAUAGCCUUGUCCAGUCAUUCUCUCUGGACUUUCCUUCCUGGUUCUUAUACCAUAACAGCAGCAGAGACCUGGGAUAUGGUGCCCACAACCUAAAGUAUUUUACCAGUGGGUCUUAUUCUACCGCUUCCUACCAGAGGAUUAUUCUGCACCAAUUCCCCAAGGCUGACCUACAGUAAUUUCUUGCAUCCCUGUUCUAGCCUGGAAAGCCAGAUUCUGUAACCAUGAAACUACUGGACCUGUUCUUAGUUCAAACUGAUAAUAGAGAAGAGGAGAUGGAAGGACGAGUGGGUUAUGAGCUUUCUGCCUGUAUUUUGGUCAGGUAUGCCUGAAGGGAGGCCUUUGAAAACUCUUGGCUCAUAUAGAGCAUGUUAGGGACAAAAUGAAGCCCUUUUCCUUUGUGGU